AUGGAGCAGCUUCUGCACUUCACUCAUGAUCAUAUGCGCAGCCUUGUCCAUCUGCAACCAGCUAGCCACGAUAAUGAAAACUCUGAUGAUGAUGAUGAUGAUGAAGAGAAAGAAGAAGGUGAGGAGAAUGAUUUUGUGGCUGAAGAUAAGCAUGUUGGACAAUGCAAAAUGUGUGAGGAACAUAUCUACUCAUUUCAUAUGAGUUACUGCAAGUGUAAGGAUUGUGAUGACUACUCGUUGCACAAAUUUUGUGCAGAAAUGCCAAAAACCCUACGAAACCACCCAUCACAUCCCCAUCUCGACCAUAAUCUUACAUUGUCCGAGGAAUUCUGUUGGAUAUAUUAUCCAAAAUCAAAUGAAUGGACAUGUAGUGUCUGCAAUGUAAUUAUGCGAAAGAAAUUAUUCAAUUACAUAUGUCCCAUUUGCAGACUCGAUAUGGACAUUAUAUGUGCUACUAUGUCUCAACAAAAGAUGGACCACCCAAGCCACCCUCACCAACUGCAACGUAUGGCCAAGGAGUUGGUAUCACGUUGCAGUGCUUGUGGCGAAAAACAUAAAGGGACCUUCUACCAGUGCACCACUUGUUCUUGGUACUCAAUCCACUUAGAUUGUGCUUUGUUGCCCGCAAAUUAA